AUGUUUGCAUCUGCGGGCCUGAGCCCCUGGCAGACCUGCGGCUUCGUGCUGAUCUUCGCCGUCCUGGUGCAAUCCAUAUCCGUGGCCAUCACCUUCCUUUACUUUACAAACGAGCUGCAACAGCUCCGUGAGACCUACUCCCAAAGCAGCUUUGCUUGCUUUACCAGAGAAAACUUUUUCCUAGAGGACCUGGAUCCAAGUUAUAAUGAGGACAGCGACCCCUGCUGGCAGGUCAAGUGGCAGCUGUCAAGGCUAAUUAAAAAGAUGAUCUCCAAGAACUACAUGGAAAACGCUGCCUCCGCGGCAAAAGGCGGCAGGCCUAGGGGUCCCACUACGACAGACAGAGGAGCGGCAGAGAAUUCUGUGCCUCGGGUGGCGGCUCACUUAACUGCAAACAGGAAGACUGCUUUAGCCUCUCAAAAUACUUCAUUCAGAAGCAGCAUCGGGAUCAAAAUAAACACUUGGGAGACCUCGAGAGGCGCUCAUUCCUUCCUCUACAACGUCGACUUGAGGAAUGGGGAGCUUAUCAUACCUCAGACAGGGUUCUAUUACAUCUAUUCUCAAACGUACUUUCGGUUCCGUGAGCCAGACGGCGUGCUCCCUGAUGCCGAACCUGACUCGGACAGCCUCCGAAACCCUAAGCAGAUGGUGCAGUACAUCUCCAAGUUCACCAACUACCCAGAUCCCAUACUGCUGAUGAAAAGUGCUAGGACAAGCUGCUGGUCUAAAAAGGCUGGGUAUGGACUUUAUUCCAUAUACCAAGGGGGAGUGUUUCAGCUGAAACAGAACGACCGGAUUUUUGUCUCCAUCAAUAAUGAGGAGUUGGUGGACAUGGACAACGAAGCAAGUUUCUUUGGAGCCUUCUUGGUCUCCUAA